UGUGUGUGUGUGUUUUGGGGGGGGGGGGCGAGAAGGAAAGCCGACAGUGGUGACAAAAUACAGUCUCGGCUGCAGCCCAGCUCCCUUACUGUUUUAAGAGUUUGACCUGCAGCUAGUUCGGGAGGAAUCUUGUGCAGAAAGAGCGGGUUCAUUAUGUAUUUGUUUUCCCUGUAGGACCUUAGCCCAGCAGGGGCUCCUUUUUGUGCGUGGUAGUUUAAUGUCUCCCGGAGUUUGAAAGCUCCCCCUCCUUCCCCUCAGUCUUUGACUAUUACCAUCCACUCAUUCAAACAGCGAGGAAUGGGAGGGGGGGAGUCCUCUUUAGUGAGGCUUCAUUUGGCUCCUCGCAGCAUUCUGUUCCUUCCUCGUUUGUGUGUGUUCCGUGUAUGUCUGCUUCUGUGUGUGUGUGUGUGUGUGUAUUGGGGACCUCCAGCUGACUUCAGAGGGCAGCAGAAGGCUUUUCUGUGCUCAUUGCUGUGUGUACCUUGCGAGAUAGGCAGCCGCUCGCUUGCAAAGAGAUCUCACGAAUGCUUUAUUCGUAGAAUUAUCAAGUUUGUGUCCCCCCAACCCGCAAUUAAUUUUUAAAAGAAUCUCCCUCAGAGUUAUUUUUCUCUUGACCAUGACAGAAAUGUGUUAAACAGGAACAUGUUCGGAUUAAAAUCCUCAACGUACUUCUUCACAGGCAUGUUACAUUAGCAGUUUUCCAAUCCUCUGGGAUUUUUCCAGAAUCUAAGGAUUCAUGGAAGGCAUGAGCCAUGAGCCAAAGUCAUCAUCCCUCAGCAUGAUCUCGGCAACACAGAGGACCACAGCAACGGUGAACCCCCUAACUCCUUCGUCACUGAACGGGCCGGUUGUUACAAAUGGGAGUCAUUCAUCUCAUGGGACAGCGAAUGCCCGAGGAGUUCAUACGGCCAGCUUUGCUGCAGCCCUUAGAAAACUGGCCAAACAAGCAGAAGACCCGAGAGGCUGUUCCCGUGGUGGUGAACGUUCUCCGAUAUCGUCACCAGUUGCCAAUCACAAUUCUCCUACUGGUACACCCAAACGGGCUCCGGGAACAAUAAUAAUUCCACCAGGAAGCCAGACUCCAGCAAAUACUCCACCUGUGGUGACUAUUGCUCCGACACAGACAGUCAAUGGACUUUGGAGAGGUGACAACAGACAGACCUCAGAUGGCACCCUGAGAUCCAGAAAUCACGACCACCCUCUUUCUACAGAAUCUUUGCUGAAAAAGGACAAUGCAUCGCUGCCCACACACCUCGCUUCCACGCACCCAGCUUUCUUUCUAUCUGGUCACUCCAUCCAAGGAUCACCAUAUUCAACAAUUAAUUUACAGAGACCAGUUCCACACUUGGUGUCUUCCAGCAGCAGAUCAGAUGAUUUCCUUGCAAGCUUCCGUCCAUAUCAUGGACGAGAUGAAAUUUCGACUUUGUCACCUCUGCCUUCACUUGGAUUAGAUUCUGCAACAGCUGCUGCAUCUGCAGCUUACUACCAUCCUGCCUUCCUAUCGCAUCUUCCUUAUCAGCAUCCACACUAUAGAAUCGAUGACCCUUAUGUUGUUUCACUUCAAGCACCAUUCCUUCACAUUCCACAACCUGGUACCUUAGCACCUCUCCAACCGACUGAUAUGCACCUCUCCUUUGCUGGUAUGAGGCAGCCUCUGAGCUUAGCUCAAACAUCACUUUCAGGCCUACACCCAGAUCAUUUGUCCAUCGUCACAGCAGGAAGGUUGCAAAUGGAUGAUGAGGUGAGACAACGAGAGAAAGAGCGUGAACACAAGAAAGAAAAGGAUUGGGAAAGGGGGACUCCUCAAGAAAGAGGUCCAGAUGCGAUCACAGAACAAGCCAGAAAGAGAGAAAAGCAGCAAAUAAUGGAAUGGGAGAAAGAGAUUAAACGAAGGAAAGAAAUGAAGCAGGAGAAAAACCUUGAGAUUGAACACGGGGUAGAGAAAAAAGCAAUUCCAACCAAUGACGCAGGAAGGAAACAUCUAGAAGGAUGGAAGGAUUUCAUUUCUGCAGUGGAACACACCCAGCCUCAUCAAAGGAAUGAUGAACAUAUAAGCCCAUGGCAUAUUAUUCCAUCGACUCCACCAGAGAAAGCCAAAGCACCCUGUCUGGGAAGUGGAAAAGCUCGAACUUUGCCUCUAGAGCCUAUCGCCGUGCCUGCUUCCCCUUCUCACCUUGGGGUGUCAUCAAACUUUUCUUCACAUUCCUCAUCCUCAGAGGGAAGGUGCAGGCUGCGUCAUAGCCCUCAGCAACAGGGGAGGGAGGAACAACCAGGACAUGGAGUUGACUUCCGUCAGCAUCACUUUCAGCAGCUUCAAAGGGAACAAGGGCACCAGGUUUCCAAGCAGGAACGAGAUAGAAACAGAACAAUUUCAGAAGAUGAAAACCAGGAUCGACCACAACAAUUAAGAGCUCCUCCUCCUCUCAUCUCUCCACACCGUUCUUUGAGAGACACCUCCCCUCUUCCAAGACCCUUUCUAUCUCCUCAUGCACUGCAACCAGCUCAAGCACUUAACUACAGCACUAACUAUUCUAGAAUCAACAAUGAUGCACUGAAGGACUCAGAGAAACCUCUGAACAAUAAUCUGAAAAAUGAUGCUUUCAAAAAGAUCACUGGAGAGCACUUUAGCCCAGCAUUUACUAAAUCUUGCACUGAUAAAGAUGUGAGUGUAACUAAAAAGUCUGGAAUGCCAAGUCUAAAAACUGGCACGGUGCCACAUUUGAAGGACCAGACUUCUGGUCAUCAAUCCACGAAUGAUUUCAGCAGUGACUUCAAACACCAAAUUGCAAAUAGCCACCUUGAAGAGGUACAGAAAGAGUGCUUGGAUUUAUCUAUCACCUCUGGAGCAACUGAUCUGAGUUUGAAAAACAGAAAGAGUUCUCCUGUGUCCAAUACGUCUGUGCUUUGUAACAAUUAUGUGACUGCCAGCUGCAUGUACAAUCAAGAGCUUCUGCUCCAGCAACCUAUUGUCAGCAAGUUAGAUCUGGCAGAAAAGAAAUUGAAGGAAGCCAGAUUGAACGGACAACAUUCUGAGCACCGUUCUUUAGCUGGUACAUUCUGCAAAGGAGAGAUAAGGAACAGAAUACGCAGAUUGGCAGAGCAACCUCCUCUCAAGCUGGAUGACACUCCUAGGAAAAUGUUGUUCCUAGGAGCAGUGGGCCUGACCACUCAGAGCAAGAAAGAAGAAGUCAAACAGCAGAAGAUGAGAAAGCGCCGCAGGAUGCUGCGAGAACGCAGCCCAUCCCUACUUUGUUCUGGGAAGAAACAGCUUUCUCCACUUCCUCCUCCCAGGUUUUGUUCUGUCAGCCACUCUCCAGAGGAACUGAACAGGGCGGCUGACUUUGAGGAAAAGAAACAGUUUCUUGCACUCUUCAACUUAAAGCAUUUGACCACAGCGCAAAGGAAAGAUAUUGAAGAGACUUUGUUGAAGCUAUUAAGUAAAAGUGGGAAGAAAUGCAAUCCUGAACUAGAUUCACAACUUUCAGAUCCACCUCAAUGUGACAAGGAUCCAGCUGUCCGGUCAGAUGCUGCUGGCACGGCAGGUGUAGCUGACGUGAGCUGUCGCCUGGUGCUUCCACCUGACAGCAAUCCAAACACACAGUCUCAGGAGGAUCUGCUGGCACAGCCUCAGGCAGAACAGCGCAAGCCCAGGCUGACACCAGAAGCAUCAGAAUCUGUGUCAAAGGAUUGCACAAGAAGCAUAAGUGAGAACAAAUCUGACAAGCUAGGAGUGCCGGAGCCUUGUGGCACCUCCAGUGGCCAGGGGAAACCACCUGGGAUGCUCACGGACAGGAAUGGAAAAAUCAAACUGCUGGAUGAGUUUUUGCAGAAUUUCCGUGAAUCCGUGUUCCAGAACAAUAAAAGCCAGGCUUCGGACCAGUUCAAAGUGGGUGUUGAGAAUGGUGCACAAUGCAGCUCACCAGCUCAGAGGUCAUCGCUGUGUGAUGUAGCGAAAGAGCAAGUGCCCGAGAGUAUAGAUCGGAGCAGACAUGUUAACCAGCAGUCGGAGGAUUUGGACAGCCAGGAUGAAAUGGGGCGGCAUCUAAAAUGGCAGGGUGUGACGGGUGUCCUUCAAGCCUACCAAGAAUAUGUCGAAGAGAAAAAUGUUGAGCGACAAGUCCUCCAGGAGCAGCUGAAUCAUCUCACGGAAAGAAAUCGUGAAUUAAACUUGACAGCAGAGAACCUCAGCGCACACAUGUUGAAGCUGAGAAUGUGUAAACAGAAGUAUGAAAUGGAACGCCAGCACCAGCAAGCUGCCCUACGCAAUCUGCGUAAGUGCCUUGAUCUGACUCAUUGCCUGCCUGAAUCCUCACACAGAUGAAUUGAGGAAUUUCAUGCACCUGAGCAAGGACAAAACUACAGCCAGGAAGAAUGCACCCCGGUUACAAGAUAAUUUGUUCCUUCCGAACUGAUUGACUAGUUUCCACUUAUGUCAUUAUUGUUUGCUUCAAGUGUCAUCAGGAUACAGUGUCGAAGUUCUCAAUGGACUCUCGAAACCAAACUGCUCGACUGACAAGAGUCUCCCUUUGCCAAACAGCUCAGCUUGCAUAGUUACCCUCCACAGCCUAGCUGGACCAAACGCUACACUGAGGACUUAUAAUGCAAAGCUGGAUAGUGACACUUUGAAGAUCCUCAGGUUACAGUAAAUAAUGCAGAAAAAGUGAAGUGAAUGUGUAAUCAAAGUACUUUUCUGUAUUUAAUAGAAAACAUGUUUUGGGUUUCUAAUUUGUACAUUAGCUGGAGAAAGCAUUUAUUUAGAAAUUUGAAGCAGAAGGGAAAUUUAAUUGAGAAGGCCUGCUAUAUAAAGUAACAGAAAAUUGUCAGCAAAUAGAAAUGCUAAUUACUAACAGUUCAUUUAUUUCAUUUGGACCAGAUAAAUUUUAAGGAUAAAUCUGAGUGUCAUCAAUGUGUCAUAAGCGCUUAAAGCAUUCUUGUCAAAUUUCUUGCCACUACAUUAACAGAAGCAUUAAUCUGUUUCAAGUUAUUGCCUCUACUCAAAUGCUGGUGUGAAAGAAUUUGAUGUGGAUACAGUCAGCAUUCAGAACAUCCUUUCUAUGCUCUUCUUUCUUUUUUAAAAAAAAUCACACUUUGCCUAAUACUUGGAUCUGUGUAAUGUUGAUGUUUAUAUAUAUAUAUAUAUAUAUACACACAAUGAAUCCUUUUUUUGGUUUGUAUAUUACAGUGCAGCAUUAUUCACUGAUUAUAAAGUUAAAUGUAUAUUUUGAAGUUCUGCAACGGGUUUGCUUUUAAUUCAGUUGUUGGUAAUAAAAAGGUACAGAUUUGCAUUGAAUUAAAUAGAUUAAUGCAGCGAUAAGGACAGGAUUUUGUAAAAGAAUAGGUCAGUAAUUUUACUUUGUUGCUUAACUAAUGUAAAUGCUGAGCAAAAAACUACCUUUUACUACGCAGCACCACUUCUAAUAUUAGAAAUUACUUGAAGUACAUUUUCUAUUUUUUUGUAAUGAAGUUAAUGAAAGCAGAUUUCUUGUUAUCACGUAGAAGUAUGUAAAACUGACCUCACUUUGAGGAAGAAUAGGGAACCAUAAAAUGUCUUUACUUCCAAGUAUUAAGAUAUUUUUAACAGAAUAUACUGUGUGAGAUUUUUCAGUUGCCUGUAAAGGCAAAAUCUCAAGUAAAUGGAAGUAGCAUAACAUUGUUUAAAUAAAGAUUAUUAAUUGAAUAAUGUAUAAUUAUGAGUGUUAAGGGAAUUGUUAUAAUCAAUCCAGUGCAUUUUGUGCUCUGUAGUUUUUUUUAGGACGAAGGCCUUUUGCGCAAUUAAAUUUUUGCAUCAGUUAAAUAUUUCAUAGCAGUUCCUAAAAAGAUGACAAUUAAACUGUUUUAAGAAGUAGUUCUUCUAUUAAAUUAUUAGUGGAAAAAUUUGGUAUUAAAACUGUUUUCCUAAAGGACCCUCAAUAAGUUGGUUUUCUUUCAUUCAGUUAUUUUCAAGCUUUAGCCAACAGAACAAACCAGCUAACUGUCAGAUCUGUCAGAUGAUGUUAGUCAAUGAGUUCUUUAACAAAGCCUAGGCAUUACCAUUAGUAACAAUUUUCAAAUUGUAACAGGUAUUUAUUAUUUGAAGUCAUGAUUUUUAAGUAUUUAUUCAUUAUGUCUGCUGUGACUAAA